GAUAUUCAAUUCUUGGGUGCAUGUGAUUCACCUCGGCAGGCUACUCUGUUUUGUUGUUGAUUGUCUGCAGCAGUGUAAGCUCCUUCUGAUCCUCAUCAAUCAUUUUAAUUUAAAUUCAAAUAUUUACAGGUGCCAUAUUUGUUUUUAAACUGGGUGUUAUUAUUAUAUAGCUAAUUUAAUAUUUAUGCAUUGCUGGACCUGUCUGAGGCAUCUCUUUCACAGAGCUUGAAUGGCAUUGGUUGCAGCACUGGGAUUUGUUUGGCAUGCCUCAAACCCCAGAUGCAACAACACUUAGGUUUCUGUGUGAAAGGAGAGAGAAAUCUUAAAUUCUUUUCCAGGUUUAUUUUAUUCCUAAUUUUGCAGUAUAUACUGAAGGGAAAAUGUGAGGGCAAGGUCUUUUUCUCUAUGAAACCAAGCUGUGUGUGGCGUCAGUUUGGGUUUGAGGAAACUGUUUGCCAUCUCUUUGUUCUUUUUCCUGAAAGAGUUUCCUUUUCCUUUCUCCUGCUUCUCCUACCAUUUAGCAAAAUAAGCUGUGAUCUUCUAAGGCUCUGCCAUCAGUCUUACAGGUAGAGAAGGUGAUUCAAGCAUAUAAUGUGAUCCGAACUUGUUAGAUCUGGCAAAAUUCUUAGGAAAGAAGGAUAUCAACAAAAGAACAAUAUUCCUGUCUGUUACAUAAAUAGAGGUUCGAUGGAGAAGCUUCUGAGGUCAUAUGACAGGGAGUGCAUGAGGAUGGCUAUGUUAAAACAUGAAGAAACAUUCAAAGAGCAGGUUUAUGAGCUUCAUCGUCUGUAUAGAAUUCAGAAGAUAUUGAUGAAAAGCAUCGAAAGCAAUAGGCCUAAUGGACUUGGCCAGGGGUCAUGGAAUUCAGACUUGAGACUGAACAAUCUCCAUGAUCAUUUGCAACAGAAUGUGAGGACAAGACUUGACUUGGAACGCCCAGCUGAAGAAUAUAUUGCAGAAUCAGAUUGCAACAGAAUGUUAGAAAUGAUAGAUGAGAGUGAGAUCGAGCUGACUUUGGGGCCUGCAAGUUACUAUGGAAGAAAGAAACCAGCAACACCUCAUACUUCAGAUUCCGGGCCAAGCUUCUCCUCUUCCUCCACAGAAUCCAGCCAUGUAAACAGGACAAACUGCACGACACAUAGGAAGACAAAUUCAACAGCAGAACAGUUAAGUGGCCGCGAGUUGGGGCUUCGUCAGGGAACUGACAUGACAUUGGGGUACCAAAGUGGAAGUAAAAUCAGUAUUGAUAUUGAAGAACAAUUAAGACAGGAGAGACUAAAACAACCUCCUUGGCUUUUCCAAGUUGUAAGCCUGAACAUGACUUGAAAGAGAAACAAAAAAAUAUCUCCCAAGUCCUAUAAUUAGAUUCUUAGACUGCUCCUUAAUUUCUGAUUGACUAAUGUGAUUGGUGAUGCUUUGUGUGGAAUUUUCUUCCUAGACUUUAGCUGUGGCCAUCAAAUCCUCCUGUAAAAAUUAUUCUGUAUUCCCUUUCUUGCAAAAACCAGUAAAAUUACAGAUUGACUUUGUGUUUUAGUUGAGAUUCCAAAUCAACCAAUCUUCUUUAG